GAACGAAAAAACGGCUGCAGCCCGCGACCCCUGUUUCUGUGCUGUGUAAUCCGUGCGGAUCCCGUGCCUAUGUGGUAUUAAUUCAGGGACCACAUGUGCUGUGUAAUUAGUUGGUGACACUUGUCAUUGAAUCCCGCCCGGCGCAACACGUUGAAUGGCGAAGACUGUCCGUCCACUCCCUCUUUGUUUUGCCUUUAGCCAUCGCUCUCGUACAGAUCCAGCAUAACAUGAUACGAGCUUAGCAACCUGAACUCGCCGACUUCGCGACCAUGUCGAACAAUGCCCUGUCCAUGCUGGGGUGGACCUUCCUUCCCAACCUCGCGACCUCCUGGAUCCAGUCCAUUUACUACUCCGUGACGAUCCGCGCCGGCGACCCGCGCCCCGCACCCAACAGCCCGCGGUUCCUCGAGCACCGCCGCCGCAUCCACAUCCUCGUCGUCUCCGCCUACCUGCUGUACACACUGUACGAGGCCGACCACGAGCUCGCGCGGUCCCCAACCUUCUACGGCGACCUCGGCGUGUCCCCCGGCGCCACGGAGCGCGAGAUCAAGUCCCGCUUCCGCCGCCUCGCCGCCCUCCACCACCCGGACAAGGCGUCCCCCGGCGACAACGGCGAGGUCUUCAUGCACCUCAAGACCGCGAGCGACGUCCUCGUCGACCCGGCCCGGCGCUUCGCCUACGAGCGCUUUGGCCCCGAGGUCGUCGCCUGGAAGCACUGCGUCACCAUCAAGGACUUCGUCCUGCGUGGGUGCCAGGCCCUGCUGCCGUACUACGCCGUCGCCGCUGCGAUCAUGUAUGUGCUGGGCCUGUUCGGGUAUCUGGAGUGGGGGAAGUACUGGCGCUGGCUCACCUUGGUCAUCCUGUGCGUGUUCGAGCUGCACACCGUCACGAGGCCCGAGUUUCCCAAGUUCGUGGACGGGCUGGUGAACCCGCUGCUUGUGGGGUGGACAGGCCAUGCGCCGUACCUGCCCUUCCAGAUCAUCAGCCUCGCGAGAAAAUGCAGUGUCACCCUCUACAUUGCCUUCAGCCAGAUCGGACCGUUGUUGCAGCCGCCGGGACAGCAGGGCGUGAAACCCGGUGAGGCCUCGGACAAGGUGUUGCGUCAGGGCUUGGACAGGCUCGAGCAGGCGGCCAGGAUGCUCGAUAGCGACUCGGCACGCCUGAUGGAAUUGGAGAUGGCGCCCUAUGCCGGAGACCCGGAGCUGGUCAAUGGCAUGAGGAGCAAGCUCAAGGAGUGGCUGGUGCAGAACACUAUACGCUCUGAUCCGAUGGUCAGGGAUGCGCUGGGCAGGAGUUUUCAGAAGAGGAGGGCCGAUGCACCCGCUGGCGCAAGGGGAACUAGAUGAUCUGAAAUGGUCUACAGACAUGCGUUUCGAUAGAUGACCAGCACAAUAUAAAUGUAAUAGACCUCUCGUGUGCAGAAAAAAACCGCUGUAAGUCAAACAAGGGAGAACCCGACAUGAAAUCAGGUUUACGUUAUCCA